AUGUUAGCAUAUGGCGUAGCUGCUGAUGCCGUAGAUGAUUAUGUGCGCAUAGCCGAGAGCACUACAAUUGAAUGCUUGGAAAAAUUUGUUGAAGGUGUCAUUUCAGUGUUCGAGGAUGAAUACUUACGAAAACCAAAUUUAAAUUAUCUACGACGCUUGCUACAAAUGGAAGAAGGUCGUGGCUUUCUUGGCAUGUUGGGUAGCAUUUACUGCAUGCAUUGGGAAUGGAAAAAUUGUCCAAAGGCAUGGAAAAGUAUGUACAUGAAUGUUUAUCAUGGAGUUGCAACCAUAGUACUUGAGGUUGUAGUAUGUUCAGACCUUUGGAUAUGGCAUGUGUUCUUUGGAGUGUCUGGUUCAAAAAAUGAUAUUAACGUGCUAGAUUGUUCACCAGUGUUUGAUGAUAUUCUAAAUGACCGUGCUCCAGAGGUAAAUUAUACUAUUAAUGGUAAUAACUAUACUAUGGGAUACUAUUUAGUAGAUGGUAUUUAUCUUGAAUGGGCCGCAUUUGUUAAAUCAAUCUCAAAACCACAAAAAGAGAAACACAAGUUAUUUGCACAAUAUCAAGAAGGGCAAAGAAAAGAUGUAAAACGAGCAUUCGGAGUGUUGCAAGCACGCUUUGCAAUUAUAUGUGGUCUAGCGCGCUUUUGGAAAAAGAAGAAACUUGCAAAUAUAAUGUGA